CCUAAAAACACAAAUAAUAUAAAAUCGUAUUUUCGUGUCCAUCAAAAUUCCGGAGAGAAAUUCAACCCUAACAUCGGACUAGUCAUUAAAUGGGUCGGUAGAUCGUCCAAUUUCCUUACAUUUAAUUUGGACUCAGUCCAUUUUUCCGUCAUUUCAUUUCAUUAGCUUUCAUUUGGAGGGCACUGGAAGUUCUGCAACGUAAAAGCUAGAUGACAGAAACUCUCUUUAAUGGAAGCUCUUAAACCAAUCAAGGCCGUUUACGGUCAGCUUCGGACUUAUUUUCUCUUAAAUUGAGUCGCCUUCGAUCAUUUUCACUGAUAUACGAGGAUAGUACAAGAAAGAGCACAAAUGGUUUAAUUCUCCCCGCUCCCCCGAUAUUUGUUUUCAACAUUGGAUUUUCGAGCCGAGACCAGCAAUUUCUGGUCAAGAAUUCGUUUUGAAGCGUUCUUGUUUGUUCUGUAGCUGUGAAACAGCAGCUUUGCAUCGGGCAAUAUGAAAAAGAAGGAUAUUAAACAGUUGAAGCUAUCUGUGCCUGCACAAGAGACCCCUAUUUCAGAAUUCUUGACUGCAAGUGGCACAUUUCAGGAUGGUGACCUACUUUUGAAUACGCAAGGUUUACGACUUGUUUCACAAGAAAAUAUUCCAUCCUCAUUAGAGCCAAUGGAUAAUCAAAUCACUUUGGCUGAUUUAGAAACAGUGAAGGUCAUUGGCAAAGGAAGUGGUGGAGUUGUUCAACUUGUUCAGCAUAAGUGGACUGGUAAAGUGUUUGCCUUAAAGGCCAUUCAAAUGAACAUUCAAGAGACUGUACGCAAACAAAUUGUACAAGAGUUAAAAAUAAAUCAGGCCUCUCAGUGCCCAUAUGUUGUAGUUUGUCAUGAUGCCUUCUAUAACAAUGGUUUCAUCUCUAUAGUCUUGGAGUAUAUGGAUGCUGGCUCUCUUGCAGAUGUCAUUAAGCAAGUCAAAACUUUUGCGGAGCCUUAUCUUGCAGUUAUCUGCAAGCAGGUUCUCAAGGGCUUGAUAUACUUGCAUCACGAUCGACAUAUUAUACACAGGGAUAUAAAACCAUCAAACCUGCUAGUUAAUCACAAAGGUGAAGUGAAGAUAACAGACUUUGGUGUCAGUGCAACGUUAGCAAAUUCCAUGGGCCAACGCGAUACAUUUGUUGGUACCUACAAUUAUAUGUCGCCAGAACGGAUUAGUGGAAGUACAUAUGGGUAUAGCAGUGAUAUCUGGAGCUUGGGACUGGUUGUGCUGGAAUGUGCUACUGGUAAUUUCCCAUACUUACCUCCUGGACAAGAGGAAGGGUGGCUCAACUUUUAUGAGCUCCUUGAAACAAUUGUUGAACAGCCACCACCUUGUGCAUCACCUGACCAGUUUUCAUCAGAAUUCUGCUCAUUUAUCUCAGCUUGUGUUCAAAAGGAACCACGGGAUAGAAUGUCAGCCACAGAUCUUUUGAAUCACCCAUUCAUCAAGAAAUAUGAAGAUCAAAAUGUUGAUCUUGCAGCACUGAUUGGCAAUUUAUCAUCACCCGCAUAGUCCUUGUAUAAAUUGUCAAAUAGAAGGGAUGGUUCCAUAGUAAUAUGAAUCAAAAGGAUGAUACUUAACAAAACAAUGUUUUCAUCUUCCAUAUCUGGUAGUAACUUCUAAUGGAGUACAUCUCGGUGUGCACAAAUGAUUACAGAUGAUCUGAUGGUUUUUGGCACAAGUUAUUAUUCUAUACCUCUGAUAUCAUAUGGGUGGAGGAAUGAAAAUUGACAUCCUUCCAAUGGUCUUUAUUUUUGAAUCUUGAAAUAAAGUUACCCGUUUUAUUAUAAACAUGGUUUCAGACUGUUAUUAACAUUUAGAGGCAAGCAUGCCUGAGAUGCUUAAGCUAAUUAUUAAAAAUUCUUGGCAAAGCCCUCCCUA